GCAAAUCCAUCAUCACUGCCCCAAUCAUCCAUCCUACAUCUCUGCGCGGACCUUGGAUUCAUCGCUGUGAACGCCAGCAAAUCAUAUAAAUACACUGUACUCGUACAACCCCUCAAAGACUAAGCUGAUCUAAAGCCCAAAAAGACUGAAAAUAUAUAAAUAAAUAAACAAAUAAAUAAAUAAAUAAAUAAACAAACAAAUAAACAAGUCAAUAAUUAAUACAACAUAAAGAAGAUGUUUAUAAGUACAACCUGACACGUGAUCAAGUCUAAGUAAAUAAUAAUAAAGAGUAUUGGUGUAAGAGAAAUUCGGACAAAGAAACAAACAUGAGCUUCGUCAUAAAAAACGGAGCAGCCGCUGCAAGAUCUGUGAGGCUGGUCGGUAACUUGAUCAACGUUUGCGGCUCGUCGGUUCGUUGCGCUUCUACUCAAUCUGGGAAUGACAUUUCCGAAGAUGCGAUACGAAAAUCUGUAUACAUUUCGCAGUCCACCGAUAUAUUCACAAAUCUAGCCCUGGAGGAUUGGUUCUAUCGCAACUAUGACUUCGCCGAUAAUCACAUACUACUUUUAUGGAGAAACGAGCCGUGUGUAGUCGUAGGGAGACAUCAAAAUCCUUGGCUGGAGUCCAACAUGGCAGCGAUAGACGAAAAUGGAAUAUCUUUGGCAAGACGCAACAGCGGAGGUGGCACGGUUUACCACGAUAUGGGCAAUCUUAAUUUGUCCUUUUUCACCCCGCGUCAACGGUACAAUCGUCGUUACAACCUGGAUGUCAUUUGCAGAGCAUUGUACAGACAGUGGGGCAUCAAGGCUAACGUUAACAAGCGCGAGGAUGUCGUCGUUGACGGUGAAUUCAAGCAGGUUUCUGGCUCCGCUGCCAAACUGGGAAGGCCUAAUGCUUAUCACCAUUGUACAUUGCUGGUGAACGUGAACAAGCCCAACUUGAGUUUGGCCCUUGAGAAAAAAGAGAAAGGAAUAACAACAAACGCGACAGAGUCUGUCCGUUCUUUUGUGAAGAAUUUAACCGACAUCAACAUGCACAUUCAUCCAGAUAACUUACUCAGCGCUAUAGGCUGGGAAUAUCUCAGAACGCGAGCAGUGACCUUAGAGGAUGGGGGCCAAGAUCUGGUACAGCAACAAAAAGGGUUUCAGAUGAUCAAUCCCACUGAGGAUUGGUUUCCAGGUAUAACAAUGCUACGCGACGAAUUUGCUUCGUGGGAAUGGACUUUCGGAAAGACACCGAAAUUCAGCGUAACCCAACAACUGGAGCUGUCAACGAUACACGGAGAGGUGCACGAGCUGACAUUGACAUUGGACAUUGAGAAUGGUAUCGUCGAAGAGAUUAAGAUGAGCCUACCGACUAGCUUGAAGGUAGCGAAUUUUCGCGAAGACGCCAGCGUCGUGACUAGCUUAAAAGGUUCACGAUAUUCCGAGGAUACGGUAAACAGAGUUGCUAAAGCUAUUGGUUGUAAAAAAAUAAGGCAAUUACCGCAAUCGAUGAAUAUGAGCAACAUGGCUGCAUCUCAGUAAUAAUAGUUUGCCUCAGAAUGUCUAUAUUGUACUGGUUACAUAGGUAAUAACAAAAAUAAAAAUGUACACAGUAACCAUCGGAACAAUGUUGUUUCUUCCAAGGGUCAAGGAACUGAUUCGUUGUAAAUAUUGUGAAUGAUUAAGUAUUGAUCUACUUUACCGAUUAGUGGGUUCUCCUUGCGAUUACGAUUAUUUCAAAGUAUUUUUGUCAUAUCUGUAUAACUAAUUCGGGCCUAUGACGAACAUGCUAAUUUAUUAAACUGCAUAAUCAUUAAAUUCGUUUAUUCGUCCGACAGUGGAUUUUAUAUCAAUCGUUAUUUUGCUACUUGAUUAUUAAAUGAUAUAUUAGAGUUGUUCGACAAGUUUCGCUGUAUAAUAUUAGCAGGAGUUCAUGUAUAAUGAUUUAGUGUAUCGUAUUUGCAAUAAUAUUACGUAUGUUAUGACAAUAAUAAAUAUAUUUACCUAAA